AUGCCUGAUGGGAGCCCAAGGAUGGCAAGUAUACUAGCAUAUCAGAGUUCAGAGAUCGACUGGUGCGAGAGCAACUUCCAACACUCAGAAGUGGUGGCCGAGUUCUACAACACGAUCAGUAAUGUCACGUUCUUCAUCUUUGGACCACUCAUGAUGUACCUCCUGCAUCCAUAUGCCCAGAAGCGUUCACUGUACGUGCACUGUGUCUGGAUACUCUUCAUGGUAGUAGGUGCCUUCUCUGUGUACUUCCACAUGACACUCAGUUUCCUGGGGCAGCUUCUAGAUGAAAUCUCCAUCCUCUGGCUUCUAGCAGCUGGCUACAGCAUUUGGCUUCCACGAAGUUAUUUCCCUGCGUUUUUGAAGGAGGACAGGUCCCGCUUUACCCGAAUGGUUCUGAUCACCACAGUGGUGAGCACCUUACUCGCCUUCAUCCGGCCUGUGGUCAAUGCUUACGUGCUGAAUGGUAUCGGCCUGCAUAUCAUCUACGUUGUCACCCUGGAAUACAGAAAGACUAGCAGCGCUGAACUGAAGAAGAUGGUAUUGGUAUCUUUGGCCUGGUGGUUCUUGGCUGUGGUCAGCUGGCUGAGUGAUCGGCUACUGUGUGCCUUCUGGCAAAGGAUCAGCUUCUUUUAUCUUCACAGCAUCUGGCAUGUGCUCAUCAGCAUCACCUUCCCUCACAGCGUUGCCCUGAUGGUUUGUGUCGAUGUCCACUACGAGAUGCCCCAGUACAUUUCGGAAAUCCAUUACUGGCCCAAGAAAUCCUGGCCUGUUGGGUUGCCCUAUGUGGUGGUCAGAGACAGGAAGGAACCUGAGAAGAACUGCUAA